AUGGAGACGCAGGAUGAAGAGGACCCAGUGGGGGCACUUUCGGUAAGAAGGCUGUGCAGCUCUAGGCAGGACUUCACAGAAAAGGCGGCUGGAAUGGAGAAUAUUGGAUCAGUCUGUAGGGAAUAUCUGCAGAAGCUUUACCAGUCUUUAUUAGAAAAGAAAUGUGAAUUUACUCCGGCCGCCAUAGAGAAAGAAUUAAUCAAUGCAUGCAGAGAUGCUACAGAAAAAGAAAACCGCCUGUGUUACUAUUUAGGGGCAACGAGUGAUGCAGCUACAAAAAUUCUAAAUGAGGUUACUCGUCCUAUGAGUGCUCAUGUGCCAAUAUCCAAAAUCUGUGAGAGACUGAGGAAGAUAGACAUUCAGAUCUGUGAGCUGAAAUAUGAGAAGAAGAUUGAUCUAAAUUAUGUGGACCUGGCUAAGCUGAGGGUUGCAGAGUUAAAGAAGAUAUUGGACAACUGGGGAGAGGCAUGCGUAGCCUGCAUCGAGAAAACAGAUUAUGUUGAGCUUAUAAAGGAACUUGCUCCAAAAUAUACUGCACAAAAUCAUAGGACAGACUUGUGA